AUGCUUGAUUCCCCUAAAAACCAAGUGCUUAAUUUCUUUGGGAUGCCGUGGUACAUGUUUUGCAACCAAGAGAUGCACAAUAUUUAUCAUUUCAAACGAUAUGCCAUCUUGCUAGGCCAUUUUGACCUUAGUGUAGGACACUUGGGCAUUCCCCGUGGAUGCGAUCAAAGCCUUUGGGGAUUGGAGAUUUCAUUUUUUGUGAGAGAGAUUUUGUUUUUGUGCUGUGGCUACUUGUUGAAAAUAGUAUUUUUCGGUUGCAGGAAUACUGCCCCGGUUACAGAGAGGGGGAAGCUGAGGUCCUGGGUUGGUCCAAAUGGGCAAUACUAUCGAGAGCUGCCUUGCCCUAACUGUAGGGGUAGAGGAUACACUCCUUGCGGAAAGUGCGGGAUAGACAGAUCCAGCUUGGAUUGCCCUAUGUGCAAUGGCAAGGGGAUUAGGAUGUGUAUGCAAUGUGGUGGAGAAUGUGUGAUAUGGCAAGAAUCUAUUGAUGAACAACCAUGGGAGGAAGUUCGAUCUAGUUCACCCUUGAAAGUAAAGGAAGAUGAUGAGGUCGACAGACUAGAGAUAAAGAUCGACACCUCAAAAAGACCGAGGCGUACUUAUCCAUCACCAUCCCCAGAAGUUGCCAUGAAGAUUAGCCGAUCUCUAAGAAGUCUGAAUGCUAAAACAGGAUUGUUUACUAAGCACAUGAAGAUUAUACACCAAGACGCCAAAUUGCAUGCUCAAAGAGUUGCUGCGAUUAAGAGAACAAAAGGUACUGCUGCAGCAAGAAAUCAGGCUUCUGAAAAACAAAAGGCAUUCUUCAGGGAUCCUGAGAAUCGGCUCAAGAGAAGCAUUGCCAUGAAAGGAGUGAAAUUUUACUGCAGUAAAUGCGGGCAAGAAGGACACCGAAGCUUCUAUUGCCCAACAGUGAGGGAAAUUUCAGCCAGAGUGCAAUUCAGAUGCCGGUUAUGUGGGGAAAAGGGGCAUAAUAGCCGAACGUGUGGAAACCCAAAGUCAGAGAAUGAACAUCAGCGGCAACCUCGGCAUUGUAGCCUAUGCGGUGAAAAGGGUCACAACCGAAGAAACUGCCCUGGGUCUCCAGAGGCGGAGGUUGGCGCUUCUGGCCAUAUUACUAAGAAAGUUAACCGUCAUAAUUCAGGUGUUUAUUCAUGUAGCUUCUGCAAAGAAAGGGGGCAUAAUAGACGGACAUGUCUGAAGAGAAAUGCUAGCUUAGGAUAA